CAAGGCCAAACGCGGUUCUCUAGAUAUUAUACAGAGAUUCCCGUACCAUCUGAAGAGAGAGAAGUCAUGGAAGCAGAAAUAUCACGCCGCUGUUUGAAGCGUGGAGAAAAGCAGGACAUACAAAAUAGAAGAUAUGCCUCGUUGUUCUUUGUGAUUGGGUUUGAGGAAGAUGAGGUGAGUAAGGAAUGCUAG